AUGGGUUGUGCAGCUGGUUAUUCUCUAUAAUAGGACGAAGAUUAAUCUCUUUUACUCUAACAUGAUUAAGUUUUACUAUUAGAGAGUCCCGUAAAAAAUUUAUACUAACCAAAAACAAUCGAAUUUACUUCCAAUUGUUAAUCUCUUCAAUGGUGUGAUGAUGAUGAUGAUUUGGAGAUUCUUUUUUAAGAAUGUAGUAGAGUAGAGGAAGACUUGGUAAAUGCAAAUUUAAGAAUUCUUAAGAAAGAUUAAAAAUUACUAUAGCAAAACUAGUACUAGCAUUCAUAGUCGAAUACAUUCUCUUAAACUUCAAUAUGUCUAAACAGAAAACGAAAUCAAUUUUCAAAUAAUUGCAAAUUUCCAGAUAAGAAUGAUUAACUUCCAAAAAGCAUUUUGAAGAGAAAGAGAUUAAAAGAAAGUAAAAUAUAUUCAGGCAAGAUACGGAGUAAGAUAACACAAGAAAAAGUUGUAAGAUUUAGUAAAUGCUAUAUAAGAGUCAUACCUAACAUCCUAACUUCAAAGGGCACUAUUAAUGUUUAAUAAUUAGUUGAUUAAUGA